AAGCAAAAACAAAAGGCCUUGUGUGUGAGAGAGAGAGAGAGAGAGAGUUCGUGGGUUGCCUUGUUUCGCUUCGCUGUCGUUUCGCCGGCAUAGACAGAAGAGAAGAAAUUAUUAGUCUUUCAGUUUGGUAUCUGAUUUCGACAUUCCUCGCUCUGUUUGGUUUUGAUUAUCCAAGAUGAACGAUCUUCUUACUGAUUCAUUUGUUGGUGAUGCUACUUAUGGCCAGCCUUCAAGACAAAAUGAUAUUGAAAUGGGAAGGCAGGAUUCAAGAAGCAACUCUGAUAUGGGAAUGGAAACUUUUAAUAAGCAGACCCAAGAGAUUGAUAAACAAAUUGAAAAGCUGUCCGGGCUACUUCAAAAGCUAAAGGAAGCUAAUGAGGAAUCAAAAUCUGUUACAAAAGCAUCUGCCAUGAAAAGUAUCAAGAAGAGGAUGGAGAAAGAUAUUGAUGAAGUUGGAAAGAUUGCACAUGGUGUCAAAGCAAAAAUAGAAGCUUUAAACAGAGAUAAUCUAGCCAAUAGACAAAAGCCUGGCUGUGAGAAGGGAACGGGCGUUGACAGGGCAAGGAUGAAUAUGGCAAAUGCCUUGACUAAAAAGUUCAAGGAUCUCAUGAUUGAGUUUCAGACUCUUAGGCAAAGAAUACAAGAUGAAUAUCGUGAAGUUGUCGAGAGAAGAGUUAUUACAGUCACGGGAAGUAGGCCAGACGAUGAGACAAUUGAUAACCUGAUAGAGACUGGAAACAGUGAACAAAUCUUUCAGCAGGCAAUUCUCGAAGCAGGUCGAGGACAGAUUGUGAACACGGUAGAGGAAAUUCAGGAGAGACAUGAUGCUGUGAAAGAAAUUGAGAAGAAACUUCUUGAUUUGCAUCAGAUUUAUCUUGACAUGGCUGUCUUAGUUGAUGCUCAAGGAGAGAUUUUAGAUAACAUUGAAAGUCAGGUUAACAAUGCAGUCGAUCAUGUCCAGAGAGGGACAUCGGCACUUCAAAAUGCUAAGAAACUCCAGAAGAACUCUCGGAAAUGGAUGUGUAUUGCCAUCAUUAUACUGUUGAUAAUAGUAGCUAUCAUAGUUGUUGGUGUUCUCCAACCUUGGAAGAGUAACAAGGGUGCUUGAGUCAGCCCUUUAGUCCCUUUGUCCGUAUAUAUAAGAGUUGAGUUGGUUGAGAAAGCAUUUGCAUGUGUCAGCGGAACAUCUUAGAUCAGGAUUUUCGAGCUUUUAUUUUGUAUGAUGCUUGAUUUGUGUGGUGUGAUUGACUUACCUUACUAUACAUUGGUGUGUAACAUUAUGAAAUUCAUAUUCUUUGUAGCCUUCAAAAGUUUACAAGGCCUCUUAUUUCAUUGCACCAUUUAAAGCUGCUUUUGCUGACA